AUGAAGUUCCGAAUCGACGUUGGCACUGUCAGAUAUGCCUCUGCAGGAAGCAACUUCUUGUUUUACAAUCUUUCUGUAGGUCACAAUGCAAAGAUGAUGGGACAAAAGAUCAUGCCGCAUGAGCUGAUUUUGGGCAUCUCUUUGUUCGCUGGUAUGUACUCACUGAACCUCAUCCCUUCUUCACUUUGUGGUUCCAUUGUUUCCAUCAUAAAGCUAUGCAUGUGGUACAGGUUUCAUCUCUUGUUGUGGUACAAGGAUGAUCCAAAAUCACAGCAGAAGUUCUUGUACUAUCUUGCUAGACUGAAAUCAAAAGAAGUAGUGCUGGAUUCUGGGACUGAUAUUGUUUGCAAGACAGUUUAUGAGUUCUGGUUUGAGGAACCUACUGGUUCACAAACUCAGUUCUUUGGAGAUGGUAGCUCUGUUCCAUUGGAGGUGGCUAAAAACACUGAACAGAUUGUUGAGAUGUUGAGGAGGAUGCCAAGUCAUCAACUUCUUGUGACGUUAAAGCUACCUGUCUCACUUGCAUCUGUACGCAAGCGCUGUGAGUUAAUGUGCAAGUGCUUACUGGAAAGGAUAUUGCAGUUAGAGGAAAUGGCUAUGCAGGAAGGAGAGAGGCGGACGCUUCCAUAUGUGCUAGCUUUGCACGCAUUAAUUCUGUGUUGUGGAUCCAACACUCUGUGCACCAGCUUCUGA